AUGUUCAAGCUAACUCUCCUCUCUGUUGCUGCCCUCGCUGCCUCUUUUGUCUCUGCUGAAACUGCCUACUUUGCCUUCCAAACCCACGAAGAGUCCCAAGAGUUUGUCUUCCAGCUCAAUGACGAUGCCAAAAUUGCCCAGGCUAGAAGAAUCUUGAGUGGCGCAGAAACCGAAUCUGUUCACGUCCUUGGAAGAAUUCGUAAGGUCCCAGUAGCGUACAAUCCCGUUUGGCAAUUCAGUUUGGACCCUGAUACUAUUAACUUCUUUGACCACGCAAUCGAGGUGUGCGAUGCUACCGUUCAUUACACUGACGACCAUUUGGACGAAGCCUGUGGUGCUUUCUUGCCCGGAUGUAUCUUCUGUCCCUGGACCAGUAAACUUACCAGAGAAGUCGAGGUAUAA